AUGGGCUCUGUGCGCUCCCUGUCCGCCCUCAGCGCUGCCCCGAGCCGGAGGAAAGCCGAAGAUGAGGAGCCUGAGGAUUUAUUGGCCAGCCAGGAGCCCGCGGAGGACGUGGCCAGGAUUCCCUACAUGGAAUUCACAGGCCAGGACAGCAUCACCUGUCCCACCUGCCAAGGCACCGGCUGCAUCCCCACAGAGCAGGUGAAUGAGUUGGUGGCUCUGAUCCCCUACAGCGACCAGCGGCUUCGUCCUCAGAGAACGAAACUCUAUGUGUUGCUCUCAGUGCUGCUCUGCCUGCUGCUGUCUGGCCUGGGGGUUUUCUUCCUGUUCCCCCACUCCGUGCUGGUGGAUGAUGAUGGCAUCAAAGUGGUCCAGGUGUGGUUUGACAGGAAAAACUCUGCUGUCCUCCUGGCCAUCACGGCCACCCUGAGGAUCAGGAAUUCCAACUUCUACUCGGUGACAGUGAGCAGCCUGAGCAGCCAGGUGCAGUACAUGAACACCGUGGUGGGCAGCCAGCAGCUCACCAACGUCUCCAGCAUCCAGCCCCUGAGGGACAAACUGGUGAAUUUCACCGUGAAGGCAGAGCUGAGUGGAUCUCUGUCCUAUGUGUAUUUUUUCUGCACUUUGCCCAAAGUGAAGGUCCACAACAUCGUGAUCCUCAUGAGGACCUCGGUGAAGCUCUCCUACAUCGGGCACAGCACCCAGAGCGCCCUGGAGACCUUCCACUACCUGGACUGCAGCUCCAACUCCACGGCGCCGGGGGCACCCUGA